UUUUUCAGGCAGCUCCACACCCCCACCAACCUCCUCCUCCUCUCCCUCGCCGUCUCAGACUUGCUGGUGGGAUUGAUGGCGAUGCCAGGUGAGAUCUACAUGAGCACAUCCUGCUGGUUUCUCGGUGACAUUGCCUGUUCUCUGUGGAGUUACACGACUUUCACCGCAGCAUCCUCCUCGGUCGGAAACAUGGUGCUGAUAUCGGCCGACCGUUACGUGGCUAUUUGUCAUCCUCUGCAUUAUAACGUCAAAGUCACUGUGAAAAGAAUUCGAUCUUGUGUUUGUCUCUCUUGGGUGGCUGCGCUUCUCCACUGUGCCAUCCUUUUAAAGGACCAAUUGGUUCGUCCUGGAAUGUACAACUCGUGCCGCGGAGAGUGCGUGAUCGGUUUUGAGGUUUACGCAGGCAUUCUGGACCUCGUCGUAAACUUUGUCCUUCCUCUCAGCAUCAUCUUCAUGCUGUACAUGAGAGUGUUUGUGGUCGCUGUUUCUCAGGCGCGAGCCAUGCGCGCUCAUGUUAAAUGCCUCAAAUUACAACAUUCUGCCCCUUUCAGAGCAAAGUCAUCCGAGUUGAAGGCGGCCAUGACUCUUGGUGUUCUCGUUCUUGUCUUUCUGGUGUGUUUCUGUCCGUACUACAUUGUCAGUCUGGUGGCUGAUAAUGAGAAUUUUGGUUCAGUGACGAAAUUUGUUCUUUAUUUGUAUGAUGUCAACUCGUGUGUGAACCCCUUAAUAUACGCCCUUUUUUACCGCUGGUUUAGAAAAGCUGCUAAGCACAUUGUCACUCUUCGCAUUCUGCAGCCUGCCUCCCGUGAGGCCAACAUACUGUAG